AUUCAUCAUGGCCUCCGAACGAAGUGACGAAGCGGUCUGUGAACAAAACGGGCAACAAAGUAAUAGCCAGGUUCAAAAUGGAACGGCGGGGAACAACGACCAACAGAACAAUCAGCCUCAACAGCAACAGCAGCAGCCACAAUAAGAACAAGGUUCUAUGUGGAAGAGUCUUCUAAUUCGAAUGUUCAUCUUUUGGCUCGUUUCAAAUUUGUUUCGUGGUCGACAGCAACAGGGCACAAACACGAACGUGAUCGCCUCUACAAACCUGUUUAAAACGGAUCAGAAAAUAGCGAGUCAAUCUUGUCCAAUAACUGUCAACUUAGAUUGAUCAAUGGUAGUCAAAAGCUGUUUUUUUCAAACAAAUUUGACGAGAUUUCUAGAGGAGUCGAUGUCGCUCGCGUGCAUGCAUGAAGCCGGUUGGCACAUGAUCGGGCAUAAAUUUUUUUGUGUGGAAGAAGUAAGUGAUGUACCUUUUCUUUCAGCAUUUCCGGGCGGAGAUCUUAGAAAAAUUAAAAUUAUCUUCCCAUUAAUUUAGAAUUGUUUGAUUACGAUUCAAAGUUUCAUCCGGUGAGGACUGCCUUGAUAUGUACAAGUGAGGUUCGAUUCCUAUUAAGAGGGUGAUUUUAACGAGUGUGGUAUCUUCGGGAGUGUUUCAUAAUUUUCAACUUAGGCCUUACAUGUAGUUAUUUCUAUUUUUUAGAACGUUUCAAACGAAGUUAGAAAAAGCUUGAAGACCUUAAAAAAAACAAAUUUAAAAUAAUUAAUCUAAUUUAAAUCAGCGUUUUCUUUCGUUUACAAAAUUAACAAUGACUUAAGAGUGACCAGCUUCUAAUUUCUCCUUACAGUAAUACUGUAGAAUCAUUCAUUGAGAUCAUGAGAAUGAAGGAAAUGUCGCUGAAGAGAUAUGCUUUGGUUGUUAAACAAAUUCUCCUUGCGGGUUUCAAAGGAAAUGUAUAGAUUGGAGUAUGAAGAAUAUUAAUACUGAUGUUAGGGCAUAAAGUGGUCUUUUUGUGACUGGUUUUUAAUCCCUGUGUUAUUAUUGAUACUUAAUUUUUUAAUGUUUCAAUCUUUGCAGGAACUGUGGGUUUAUUUGGCAGAAGAGCAACAUUUUACUGAUUUCAACAACAGUGAGAAACUUGUGUGGCAUGAAAGAGGUCUUAAGUUUGGGAAUUGGACAGAUGGACCUCAAAUGGAUGGUUCUCGUCUGUUCAGCACCAAUAUCCAAGCAUCAGAGGUAUGAAACCCACUAGGCCAGGACACCCUAAGUGCGCCCUCUGCCACUUUUCCCUUACCUUGAUGCAUUUUGUCUCAUUAAGUGUAACAAGUUCACCUUGGCUGUCACUAGUCACUAAAGAGACGACGUAAUCUAAAACGGCUUGUGAUAACCUAAUGAUGGUACAAAGCGCGGUUGUUAUACAUGUGUGCUUCACCUAUGGCGAUUAGUUUGGAGUGGUCCCCAUAAUCGACCUCGUCAGUCUUAAUCAAGUUCGCCAGAAAAUGAUGAUGAAAUUUCGAGCCCAAUGAAAGAAAAUUUCAUUUCCAAACGAUAGCGGGAAAGCACUCUCUAAUACAGCGGAACUUUGAUCUUUUAAUGAUAAGUCACACGGGGGUGUGACUCGGGUUUAAUGACAUUUCUCGUGAGUUCCUUAAAUAGAAAAAAAACCAUAGAGUUUGAGGGGUGAACCAUAAGAUACACGGGUGUUAAAAGGUGGGCGUUUGUUUGAUUUUGGCAUCACUGCACUUUCGAAAGCGAUGUGAACGACGAAUUGACAGUAAAAACGUACUUACUCACGAGGCGAUUUCAGUAACAGCUUGAGAAAGUAAUUUUUUCCUUUCUCAAGGGAAUAGGAUUGUAUCAACGUCAAAAAGCUUCCUGACUGACGGAACCUUGGGGCGAUUACAAAAAACAUAGUAAAUUUCGAAAGCAUAAGUGCGACAGAGAAUCUCCAAUUACUGUUAGCCUUGAUAUCAAACAGAAUGAAGUCGGGUAGGUUCCAUUUAGCACCGACGCUUUCAUGUGAUAAUUACAUCUUUCAGCUGGUAUUUAACCACAGAGAACAAGUGUAACAUUAUUUGAAUAGGUAAAGUACGCGAGUCGAUCUUAAGCCGAUGUUAAUAACUAAUUCUUUUGUUGUAGCGAUGCGGUAUGCUUAGAAUCUUCAUUUGAUAAGUUUUUAAUUUUCCGGUCAGCCCUUUGGCAAAACGUGCAAAAUUGCACGAUGACGUUGACCUUUUCGGAAAUGCUCGGAUUACAUCCGAUCGCUCUGAAAGUUCGGCUGUAGCAUGUAAACAUUCUAAGCCAAUCACAUGGCGAGUUUUAGCUCCGAACUAUCAAACGUGACCUCGGGAGCCCGAUCCGAAAAUUAUUUGCGUACGAUUUCAGUCUGCGAUAAUGGCGUCCGAUGCGAAACGCCAGAGAUACAGCGUAGCUAAGCCUUUAGAGGUGAUUUUUGACGAUGGAAGUGAGCAUGGUGGUAUCUCUAGUGGUGAGGAAUCCGAAUUAGAUAGAAAACUGGAAAAUCUUAGCGAAGAAUGGAGGUAAGUAAUCUGUAAACAUUCUUGCGAUAUUUAAUUGCGUGACGCAUGUGGUGUUGAAACAUUUACUUUUACUUUUCGCGCACGAAUCCUUGUUUUUUGCCUUGAGGCAAACCUGUAAAUGUAUAUUUGUGAAUGAAAAGCAACAUAUAUUAUGAUCAAACGUGAUUUUUGAGCGACAGAGAAAAUAAUCUUUAAUGGAAUGUUAGAACGCAACGACCUAAAUUAUCAGCCGAUGACAGAUAUGACGCAGUGUGCGUCCGAACUAAAUCAAAUAAAAUCUUUUAUUUUUAAAACGAUAGUUGAAUAUAUAUCGAACUGUACAUUAACUUAUAUGUUUUGUAUGUUUUUUAGAUGUGGUUUUACUUGUUACAUGCUGAAAAUUCACAAAACAAACUAAUUAUGCUCGAGAAUGAGUGGAGUGAAAAAAAAAAUGACAGUUUCCGGUUUCACUUCUGAAUUGUUUACUCUUGAAAAUACUGGUGGUGCAUUGCACGUGAAAGGCUUUUGAUAUAUGUUGCACUUUAUGUAUUUUGAGGUUGAUUAUCUCAUUUAUCCCUGUUUUAAGGCAAAAUUUCAGAAGUCAAACAAAGAAAUAUAGUUCCAAUGAUUGCACUGUAGACUUCAAGAGGGAUUAGUAAAUUUGGGCUUGGGGUGAUGAUGAGGUCAGACUAAUUAGUCAGUGUGUCAAUCAGUGUUCACAAGAUAUGUGUGACAUGUCUCAGAUUUGUUAUCUUCUAACCAAUUUUUUAUGGAGAUGUUGCCCAUAUGACAAGGAACCUCUUAAGUUAAUUUUUGCCUUAUUACUUUGUAUUAUUUGGGUAUCACUAAAUUCACAGUUCAAAUUUAGAUGAUAUUUAUGCUAAUUAAUGUUAGUUUGAAAGCAUUCAAUGAGGUUGUUUCCUUUUCUUGGAGAGGAAACAUGCAUUUCAGGAAAGCUUAUUUACUGCUGUUUCAAGUGAGGUAUAGCUUACUUCCCUUGUGUAAAUACUUGGUGAGGAAUAAAUUUUUCAAUAAUCUGGGUCAAUUUUUAUGGUUUUGGGGUACAGUUUGGAAAAAAAUUCUAAUUAAUUCCAUAUUUGUUCUUUUUCAGCCAGAGUCUCUGGAUGUCUUGCCCAUAAGAUAAGGAAUAUUUUAUCUAAGAAAUGUUUCCUUUUUUACUCCAAUCCAUUCAGGCUCAGGCUGUUUCAAAGUCAAAAGUUGUACAAUAAUUUAUGCAAAUUGUAUGCCAUUUUCUUUGCAUGAUUUAAAAUCCAUGGAUUUUUGGAGGCUAAAUAUAUUUUUUCUGAAAAGCUUAUUUUGUCCUCUUUCAAAUGAGAUAUAGCACUAAUCACUAGUGUAAAUACUGUUGACAAAAAAAAUAAAAGAAAAAAGGUUACCAUCAUUUGUCAUUUUUUUCAGUAUACCCGAAAGAGUUAAGAUUCCUGUGAAAAUCGAUUUAACAGUGGAAAACAAGAUAUUACGUCAGCUAGUUGGAGUUAAAAAUGAUCAGAGCGGAAAGGAGUGUCUCCUUCUUCAAUGCUAUGGCCCACUUUGGUUUCGCUUGUUUCGGUAGCCCCCAUUUUUCUCAAUCCUUUACAGUUACGCCCACGGCCCAGAAGUUAAAAAAAAAAUAAAUGCUAAAAAGUACCACAGAAGGAGUAACCCUCAAAAACUUGCACUUGCACUACUACCAACUGCAUGCCUUAUCUCUAUUUUUUAUAAUAUUGUGUCUCCGUAAAUGCAAACAUUUCUCCACGAAUUUCGCAGUUGGAAUUGGGAUAAGCCCGGCAAACCUUAGCAAAGCAGAACCACCAACAAAAUGCGUUACCGAAUCAAUGAAACGUAAUGGCAGAAUAGGGAUAGUCUGUUUAACGAAGUUUUUCACCUUGAGUAAAAUGCUUAAUUAUAUGCAGUUUUUACCGCUAAAGGAUCUGAGGAUUCUUUUCAAAAGACAAAUGAAAUCUAGGUCGCUUUUCGCUGAGAUCAUUACGUGAUAAUGGAACAGGUAACCAGCGGAUGUACAGAGCCUUAAACAAACACUGCUUACAAGAUUUCAUUUGUCGCAUCCAAGUGUGUUCAUUACGUCAAUCUACGAAGGAAUGAUCAUGAUCUUUUUAAUCCACCUUUGCAUUUGAAUAUUUCAAUUUGAGAACUUCACUAAUGGUCUUAGAACGCCCAGUCUUUUAAAGGGCGGAUAACGCUAUCCAGCGGGUAAAUCGCUAUCCAGCGGGCAGGUGUCAGCAAAACCUACUGUGCUUUCCACCUGAUACCAACUAAGCGGGUAUAGCUGUGCACCCUUCGAACAUCCGCGACAAGGACUAAACAGUCCUCCUAGGUAGAGAAUUCUAAAGGGCUCCAUCGAAGAAGAGUUUGUCCUUCUGUGUUUUGUGAAGGAAUUUUGUGCAGUAUAUUGUAAAUUCUCUACUGAUGUUCACGCAUUGAUCAGUUUAGGCAAAUAUGUAAAGAGUUUUAAGGGAAAGUUGAAGGAAAUUUCCGGUGGUCUAAAUUAUGCAACUGAACGCAAUUUAAUGAUUUAUAGUAAGCAUCGCCGUAAGUUCAAUGUGACAAUGGAAAGUUCAGAUUCUUUCUCCUACGAAAAAAGAGAACUAAAAAAAUUGAAUUCUAGCAUAAGUUACUCCAGGUCAAGGAGUGCUCCACCUUCAUUCUUCGGCACAUUUUACUCAAAGAAAGGGCUGUUCUUGGCACGCGGUGAAGUGAUCUUCUAUAGAAAUGAUUAGAGAUGAUAUUACACUGCCUCCACCGUCCCGAACAGCUAUGCGUAAACAACUUGUGUCUUUACCUUUUUUUGUUUAUAACUGUUGUUGAUUUUGAUAGGAGUGGAUAUCCAAGAGACCUAGAUCAGCGGACAUAUUCACAGUGAAGCAUGAAGACUCUAAUUUUUUUGGCGGUUUUUGCAAUUGUCUUCCAGCUCGGUAAGGCUCAAGUCUUUUUUCGUAUUUACAGAUGGUAGAAUAGAUUCAUAAUAAACUUGAAAGGUUUUUCAUACUACUUGAAGCGAAGCCGGAUGAAAUUCCAGUUCAUUCUACAACUCAGUUCACCCUCACCAGUUCCUAACCCCAGUUCAACAAAACAUCAAUUCCUCUCUGACGGGUCGCAUACACUUCUUUGGAAAAGAAGUGUAUCAUAAAUUCUAUCCUCAGCGCCAUUUAAAAAUCCUGUCGGGGCUCACUUCCUUAGUCCUUGUCUUGCCAUUGUGAUUGCCAUUUUUUCUUGCAAUUUCCAUUGGCAUUACCAUUGCUACUGUCAUUGUCAUCGUCAUAGCCAUUGUCAUUGCCAUUUUCAUUGCCAUUGCCAUUACCAUUGCUACUGUCAUUGUCAUCGUCAUUGCUAUUGUCACUGUCAUUUCCAUUAUCAUUGCCAUUGUCAUUGCCAUUGCCAUUGCCAUUGCCACUGUCAUUGUCAUUGUCAUUGCCAUUACCAUUGCCAUUGCCAUUGCCAUCGCCAUUGCCAGUGUCAUUGUCAUUGUCUAUUUUCAUGCAUAUUUUACUGUAUUCUAUCGCAGGCACAAGUCAUAUGUAUGGUGAACCAAAAGGUAAAGUUACCUGCAACAACAAUCAUACGGUCGAUAUCAAAAUCACUAACGUAGAUGAUCUUAACGAGUGGACGGUAGAUGAAUGGCAAUUAAAGAACAAGAGCGAGUGCAAGCCAGUAUUUGGUAAUGAGACAGUAACCUACAGUGCCCUGAAUCUGCCUGAUUGUGCUUGGUCAUCUGAACAACCGGCUAACAGCAGUAUCAAAUAUGUCUUGAAAAUCAAUCCAACCAAGAAAAACUCCAGCACCGGGCAGCUUCGUGGCUAUGACCACCUUUACUAUGUAUGGUGUUCGUAUGUCAAUCAAAACGUAUCCUCAGCCAGUUUUGUACCAAUCAAGAACCGGGAAUACAACGAUUCAAGUAAGUAAAAAUGAUAAAACGAUUCGUCGGCCUUAUCUUUGAAAUCGCUAAUGAACGCUAUGUUUGACUCUAUUUCAAUUUAAGAAGGCUCUGAAGGGGUGAUGUGAAAACUUGGACUAUUUUUUAAGGGGAACAUAUGGGACUUAUGAAUGUGGUUUUCUUGUCUCUCCUAGGCACUGCGUUUUUCAACUUUAAUCUUCAAGCGUUCAACUAUCCCAAUUUUACUGGAAGAGUUCCCAACAAAGUUCCGCUGAGAAAAAAGUUGUACUUCCAGGCUUCGGUUGAGACCUCAAGCCGUGCACCCAAUCUUGACCUCUUUCUUGUUCAUUGUUAUUCGUCAAAGAACAGUGAUCCGACUUCAAAGGAUGGGCAAGUUUCUCUGAUAGAAGAAGGGUACGUGGUCUCAGGUGGUGGCUAGAGAAAAAUAAUCCUCCUAAAUCUCAGAUAUUCCGAGAUACCUCAGAUAGAGAUACCCCAAGCUACUGAGGGCUGGGAAAAUCCGGAGAAAUUCAUUGAGGGAGAAAUGUUCAGCGUCGGCAGCACCCUUGUUCCCAAAAAACCCAUGGCGAAACGAAGAUGACAAACUGCUAACUGCAUAAAUUCCUGUGAAUCACAAAUAGGAGGGGAUGGUGGUAAUAAAAUUUUCGGCGUUCUCUGUUUUGUUAAUCAUGGAUGUCGUUUGUAACUAACGAAGGUAACAUCUUUAAAUUUUACACAACGGAUUCUUUAUUCUACCACCCAUGAAAUGAAGCCAUUGUCUGCAGGUCAUUCAGCUUAAGGGGUGAUGCUACUAAAGGCGAUUUGGCAUAGUAACGAUUUAAUCUCUCUGCCAUGUCGAUCGCAUUUUACUAAAAGACUUUAAAUGGCGCGAUGUUGUUCAAGAUUUAGAUAUUAUUUUGACACUAGAGGUUAAUGAUUUGUAUUGAUCUCCUUUUUUCAAACAGCUGUGGCAACAAAGCCACCAGUGAAGACCUCGAAGACACUUUGUCCUACUCUUGCGCAAGUGACAGUACCGAAGAAAAGUUCUCCAUUCAGGCCUUUAGGUAUUAUGGAGCUGAGACAGGUGACGCAGUUUACUUCCACUGUGAUCUAAGGGUUUGUCUGGCAAACAAGCCCACUUCAGCGUGCGAGUGCCCUUCCAGCAGUCAGUGUCCUAGUUCCAGGAAAAAGAGGUCAACAGUGGAUGAAACGAAAGUGUAUCGCGUGUCUACCGGGCCUUUUAUUUUGGAGAACGACGAGGAAGAGAAAGAAAGUAAGAGGCAUUCAUUUUUGUGAUCUCUAAUUGAUUGGUUGUAAAGCUACACGUAGAAUGCAUUGAGAUCCCUUUUAAGGGGCAAGGUCACGUCGAUCCCAAAUCCUACUUGAAUUAUGCUCUACCACCUGGGCUAUCGAGGACUAUUCGGCAAGUCUUUCUUUUUUCGUGGGUUUAUAUACGACGGGCGUCCAGAAAACUGUUAGGAGCAGCAAUGUCGAAAGCAUCCCUGGUGAAAACUUUUUCUUUUCAAGCUCGGUUGUUGAAAAGAAAAAGAACGAAAGAAAAAACAAACCGGAAGUUUUUAUUAAGCAGAGGUUACUCUACAAUUAGGUAUGAAAACUGUUAGGAGCAGCAAUGUCGAAAGCAUCCCAAGUGAAAACUUUUUCUUUUCAAGCUUGGUUGUUGAAAAGAAAAAGAACGAUAGAAAAAACAAACGGGAAGUUUUUAUUCAGCAGAGGUUACUCUGCAAUUUAGUGUUAAAAUUCCAGAGCCACUGUUGUCUCAAAGGCCAAUCAAGGCGAAGGAAAAUAUAUGUUACAAGCCGAUCAAACUGAGUCAAAGUAAAAACGAGCAAAUUGACGAAAAGGGAACAAAAUGCAAGUGGACUUGUCGUAGUUGGUUCUAGUUUUGAAUCCGAAAGGCACGAGUCUUUUAAAGCAAUCACAGAGCAAAGUCAGAAGCAAAACUAACACAAUCCUGAAUGACUUUCGAGAUUUAAUUGCAAAUUGCUCUAAUGUCGAUUAUUUGAUUUCUCUUCUCAGCAGGAUCAGGUGAAGAAAAUGAGUCCAAGUCCCUCUCAAACGGUACAGUGAUUACAGUAGCGAUCAGCGGUGUUCUCGCCGUAGCAAUUAUCUGUCUCACGGCUUACCUGAUACUGCGCAGCCGCAACAAGCGCAGCCAACGUGGCGACAUCCACGUUGCUACAUAAGCAGGCGAACUGUAGCAACUUGCCAUUAGCAAAAAGCAGCAUGUGUAUCUUAAGUAUAGAUUAGUUGUUUCUUUCAUACAUUUUCAACUCAAAUUCCAUGCAGUUUGUCUUCGUGAAUCUGAAAUCGAGUCAAGAUUUUAGAAAUGGUCAAUAAAGUGAUCAGAGAAGAAGAAAACCAUGUUAACUUCAGUCAGGCUAGAAACUUCAAUUUUGCCGGCCAGACCUGUUUGGGGCAAAAGAUGGAAAUUAGGGGUAUUACAAGUGAUUAUGUAAUUUUGUAC